GGCUGCGCCGCCGCGCCGCCCGCCUCCGCGCGGUGACGCUGCUGCCGGGCGCGGGGAGCGCGCGGAGCUCAGGCCCCGCCGCCGGGCUCUCUGCUCGGCCGAGGGGGGCCCGAGCCGCCGCGGCGCUCGCCUGGAAAAGUUUCCCCGCCUGGGCUCCCCAAGAGCCGGCGGCCCUCGUCCUCCCGCCGCAGCCCUGCCCGCCUCGGCCCCAUGCCCCCGCCAGCCAGCCCCGGGCCGCAGGCAGUGUGUUGGCACGUGGGAGCCGAGGCCCUGUGACCAGGCCAAGGAGACGCGGGCUCCUCGGUCCCGGCCCCCUCUCCCCCCCAUGGAGCUGAGGCCCUGGUUGCUAUGGGUGGUAGCAGCGGCAGGACUCUCGGUCCUGCUGGUGGCCGGUGCCCAUGGCCAGGAGGUCUUCACCAACACCUGGGCUGUGCACAUCUCCGGAGGCCCGGCUGUGGCGGACCGCCUGGCACGCAAGCAUGGCUUCCUCAACCAGGGCCAGAUCUUCGGUGACUAUUACCACUUCUGGCAUCGAGCUGUGACAAAGCGGUCCCUGUCGCCCCACCACCUGCGGCACAGCCGGCUACAGAGGGAGCCUCAGGUCCGGUGGCUGCAGCAGCAGGUGGCGAAACGGCGGACCAAACGGGACGUGUACCAGGAGCCCACGGACCCCAAGUUUCCCCAGCAGUGGUACCUGUCUGGUGCUGCCCAACGGGACCUGAACGUGAAGGAGGCCUGGGCCCAGGGCUACACCGGGCGGGGCAUCGUGGUGUCCAUCCUGGACGACGGCAUCGAGAAGAACCACCCGGACCUGGCGGGCAAUUACGAUCCCGGGGCCAGUUUCGAUGUCAACGACCAGGACCCUGACCCGCAGCCUCGCUACACGCAGAUGAACGACAACAGGCACGGGACCCGGUGUGCGGGCGAGGUGGCCGCCGUGGCCAACAACGGCGUCUGCGGCGUGGGCGUGGCCUACAACGCCCGCAUCGGAGGGGUGCGCAUGCUGGACGGCGAGGUGACGGACGCCGUGGAGGCUCGCUCCCUGGGCCUGAACCCCAACCACAUCCACAUCUACAGCGCCAGCUGGGGCCCCGAGGACGACGGCAAGACCGUGGACGGGCCGGCCCGCCUGGCCGAGGAGGCCUUCUUCCGGGGCGUCAGCCAGGGCCGCGGGGGGCUGGGCUCCAUCUUCGUCUGGGCCUCGGGCAACGGGGGCCGGGAGCACGACAGCUGCAACUGCGACGGCUACACCAACAGCAUCUACACGCUGUCCAUCAGCAGCGCCACGCAGCUCGGCAACGUGCCCUGGUACAGCGAGGCCUGCUCCUCCACGCUGGCCACGACCUACAGCAGCGGCAACCAGAACGAGAAGCAGAUUGUGACCACGGACUUGCGGCAGAAGUGCACCGAGUCUCACACGGGCACCUCGGCCUCCGCGCCCCUGGCAGCCGGCAUCAUCGCUCUCACCCUGGAGGCCAAUAAGAACCUCACCUGGCGAGACAUGCAGCACCUGGUGGUGCAGACCUCAAAGCCAGCACACCUCAACGCUAACGACUGGUCCACCAACGGUGUGGGCCGGAAAGUGAGCCAUUCCUACGGCUACGGGCUGCUGGACGCAGGCGCCAUGGUGGCCCUGGCCCAGAACUGGACUACGGUGCCCCCCCAGCGGAAGUGCAUCAUCGACAUCCUCACUGAGCCCAGGGACAUCGGGAAGCGGCUGGAGGUGCGGAGGACCGUGACUGCCUGCCUCGGGGAGGCCGGCCACAUCACGAGGCUGGAGCACGUGCAGGCGCGCCUCACCCUGUCCUACAACCGCCGCGGCGACCUGGCCAUCCACCUGGUCAGCCCCAUGGGCACCCGCUCCACUCUGCUGGCCGCCAGGCCGCACGACUACUCUGCCGACGGGUUCAAUGACUGGGCCUUCAUGACAACCCACUCCUGGGACGAGGACCCCUCUGGCGAGUGGGUCCUGGAGAUCGAGAACACCAGCGAGGCCAACAACUACGGGACGCUGACCAAGUUCACCCUCGUGCUGUACGGCACGGCCCCCGAGGGGCUGCCCACAGCUCCCGAGAGCAGCGGCUGCAAGACCCUCACGUCCAGCCAGGCCUGUGUGGUGUGCGAGGAGGGCUUCUCCCUGCACGAGAAGAGCUGUGUCCAGCGCUGCCCGCCGGGCUCCGCCCCCCAAGUCCGCGACACGCACUACAGCACGGAGAACGACGUGGAGACCAUCCGCGCCAGCGUCUGCGCCCCCUGCCACGCCUCGUGCGCCACGUGCCGCGGGCCGGCCCCCACGGACUGCCUCACCUGCCCCGGCCACGCCUUCCUGGACCCCGUGGAGCAGACGUGCUCCCGGCAAGGCCAGGGCAGCCGGGAGUCGCCGAAGCAGCUGCCGCCCCCGAGCCGGCCGCCUCCGGAGGUGGAGGUGGAGCCGCGGCCGCGGGCGGGGCUGCUGCCCUCGCACCUGCCCGAGGUGGUGGCCGGGCUCAGCUGCGCCUUCAUCGUCCUGGUCUUCGUCACCGUCUUCCUGGUCCUGCAGCUGCGCUCCGGCUUCAGCUUCCGGGGGGUGAAGGUGUACACCAUGGACCGCGGCCUCAUCUCCUACAAGGGGCUGCCCCCCGAGGCCUGGCAGGAGUGCCCGUCGGACUCUGAGGAGGACGAGAGCCGGGGCGAGAGGACCACCUUCAUCAGAGACCAGAGCAUCCUCUGACGAGCGCCCGCCGCUGCCCCUUCCAGCCCGUCUCCUCCUCGGGCACUUUUUAACUCACCAAAGUAUUUUUUUAUCUCGGGACUGGGUCCGGACCCCAGCUAGGAGGCAGGAGGGGCAGAGACGGCUUCCCACCCUCCCCCUGGGCCUCCUGGCUGCCUGAGGGGG